AGGGGGCAGGGAGGAGAGGGGCAGAUCAGCAUAUGUAGGCAAAACUUUGGGGUUGCACCUCUGAAAAGGAGGUUGUGGUCAUGCAGUAUUUCCUAAGGCCACUGAAUAAAUCUAAUCAGACUGGAAUGGCUAGAAGUCUUACUUUAUACUGUCAAAUGCUAUACAAAUAUUGACUUGGGAUGUGAGACUGAGCUUGGUCCUUCAGUACAGUAUGAACAGACAUCCAUGUACAACAAAACUCAACUGCUUUCCCACAAUGCUCUCUGCUUUGCAAUGAGGAUGAACUAGGUAAAGAGGGACAGCUUCUGGGUCUGAAGCACUUGGUACCUGGGUGCCUCUGUCCCAAGUCAGAUCUCUUGCCAGUGACUGGUGUGUGUGUUUAAACACAAUCUAGGUCAUCUGUUCAUCUAUUGUAUUGCUGGGUUUUCUCUGGUAACCUGGUGAAGCUGCCAACUCCCAUAGGUGCCUCUGGGAAAAGAGUGCCAAGUAAAAUGAAAGUUUAAGGUACCAGGCUACUAAAUGUAAAAAUGCUCUGAUGUUCUGUUGCUCAGUCAUUCAGUUCACCUGCACAAGCCCUUUCCCAAGGGAAAAGAUCUGUAUGCAAAAGGGGAUUUCAGUAAAUCUGAAACUAUGGCCAAACCUGUCUGCCCACCUGUCAGUUUGAAAAGCUGUGGAGCAUGUCAGUGGCAUUAACUUACUGAAGAUUCUACUAUACCUGAAUCAUGGGUAGCAUCAAUAUUUAAUCUUUUAGUUGUUGCUUAUCUUUCAGUAACUACUGUGGCAGCUCUUAGGGGAACAAGAAACGAUUUAAAUUAGGAAGUAGCUGCAGCAUUGCUGCUGUAAUCUAGCCUGGCUGUGUUUGUGCUCUCGGGGCUUGGUGGUUCUUCCUGCUGACAGAUUUGCACAGGAAGCAUGGCACUGCAUAGUAUCCUACAAGAUGUGUGGUGACACUGUUGUCAGUGUCCACUCACUCCUGCAGUCCCUUCUCGCGUGGUGAGGUACUCUGGGUGCUGAAAGCAUUCCAGACACUGGUACUAGUUAUCAAACAGGGUACUGAAAGUGCAAAUCUUGGCACUUGCUUUGUCCUAGAGAAUCUGCCAAAAUGCCUGCUGAUGGAUCUAACUUGCUGAAUAAUUUUGGCUCCUGACAUUUCAGCAAACUGUCCUUUCGCUGUUGGCAAGUGUAAAUGUUCCCAUUCAAUGUUCUUGUUCAUCUCCUGUGAUCUGAUGCAUACUUUUUCCGCUUCUGUGUUUUCUCUACAAUCCCUAAUGAGUGAACCUUUUCUCCUGGCUCUCCUGUAGAUGAUACCAUUAGCCGUCCAUAUCUUGCAGCUUUGUCUGACCUCUCUUUCCAGGCUUCUGGAACAUUUCAUGUGGCAUGCCUUUCUGGCUCUUUCAUUCCAUUGCAGUAACUUGUGCCCUCUUUCAGCAACUUCAGUGCAGUUGUUUGAUUGGAUGAACCUCCCCCAUUAAAUUGUAUAGCAAUGCACAUAACAUUCUCCUUUGCAAAUGUAGAGGGUUCCUGUCUCUCUAGCUCACUCUCCUAAUCUGUAUGCAGUGUUGUAGCUAUGUUGGGCCCAGGAUAUUAGACACACAAGGGUGGACCAAGUUGGUCCAGUAAAAGAUAUUAUGUCUCAUAAUCUGAAGUUUUAUGGUAUACUCAAGGCCGAACGAAAUGGGCACGCUUGAUCUCAUCUGUCUCUACUUCUGCUCUUGAUUUUUUUAAUUGUCUGGUCUAUACUUGUCUCUCCUUCCAAUCCCAGUGCUUAUGUUCUAAUGUCCACCAAGUUAUCUCUUGUGUGCUGGAGAUGGGCAUUUGUUGUGUUGGCCCAAAGAGCUGAGGUCCUCCAGUUGUUCAUAUCUAACAUCAGAGAGAGAGAGAGAGCCCUACCAGCUCAGCUGCUGGCUAUACCUAUAAAAUAGACUAUCAAAUGUUCUGUCAAGGCAGCAUCAGUGUAAGCAAUGCCAUAGAUUCACUGUCCAUUUAUCCGAUCAAUGGUGCUUGCAAAUAAGCUCUGAGACUUCUUUCUCGGAAGAACAAGAUUCACUAAUGAGUUGUGUUUCCAGGUCAACUAUCUUCAAAGCCUUUAAGGAAAAAAAUGUCUAAGCCAUGCAUCUAUUGUUUCCCUCUCCUUGGUUGUUUCCACAGUUCAUCUGAUUAAUUCUCUUAACUGACCAUGGAAAUCAAUUAACCUGCUCCAUACUGAGAAUGACAUCCUCUGCUAAAUGGAACAAAAUUGCUCCUUUCUCCAGUCAGGCUGAGAAUGUUGGGGGUGGGGGGAGAGAAUCCUUUUUUUAUAGGAAUAGUCAAGCUGAUCAAAAUCAACAGAAAGCAGGGGUUUUUUUUUAAGUUUGAGCCCUUCUCUUCAAAACUGUAUAUGGCACUGCCAUGCAAAACAGCUCAGAUUUGCAGGGCACAUUAGGAGCUGGCCGAAUCCAGAAUUCGGGUGGGGUGGGGAAAGGGGAGGAGGGGAAAAUCUCGGGUGAGCAGAGACAGACCACAGCUUAGGGACUGACUGUCCUUAUCUGCUGCAGCUGCUCUCCAGAUUUGCUAUUAACAUGUGGUAGCCUGGAGUUUGUAAUGGGUAUUUGAUAAGACAGAGAAAUAAGUGGCUCCCCUUGUCCCAUAACACUCAGUUGCUCUGGUGGGUAUCUUGAACUGCUUCCUAGACUAAAAGGGGCAGCAAGCCCACUAUCCUGGAGGGGCACUUCAGAACUAACAGUUCAUAUGUCCUGGCACACGCCUGUAUCAGCAACAUCUGCAGUCUCUUGGUAAGCUGCUGUGGACAGGCAAGUCUUAAACAGCAAAGCAUCACACAAUAGCUCAGAAUGCAGUCUCAUUCCUUGGAGCUGAUGUUCUGUUCUGUACAGGUGCUUGCAUCUCCCUGCUUCCUGCAGUGUCUGAGUGCCUUCCCAUCGUGUGCAAAGUGACUAACAUCUGUCCUGUGGCUCUUUCUUUCUCUUGUCUUCUCCCUAAUGGCAGCGUGGUGACUUGUUUUAAUGUCUGGAGAGAGACAGGACACAAGUGCACCUCGCUGUUGAAAGCAGAAUGGGAGCUGGGGAGGAUAGUAAUAGCCCUUAGCUUCUGGGGGAGUUCAUUUGACACUAUGGGACUGGCUCCUGGAAAAGCUGUUUCCUGCACAGAUUAGCUUUACCCUUUCCUGCUCCACUGUGUCUGUGGAGCAAAGUGUCAACAGCAAUCCUCAGACAGGGAUCCAGGCCAUUGAGCAUGGUGGAGAGUAGCCAGGGAGGGAAUGUGAGCAGGAUCAGUGUGGAAACUAACUGUUGCUUCUAUUCUAGACGUGGCUGGAACUUGGAAACAAGCAGCGAACCGCAGCAGACACUAGCAUGAAUGAGAGAAGCUCCCACUCUCUGUGUUCAAACUGGUUGUGGCUCAGACUAAGGCAAGUGACCCCAUUCCCUCCAGUCUGGUGACUCGGGAUAGGUCUGGGAUUGUCCUCAAACUGCCCCUUGAGUCUUCCUGUGCUUGGCUUUCACGCCUAUGUGGUAAGAUUUGGAGGAAUUAAAGUGACCGGACCAGUGUGCAGACUGUGGCCUAGCCGUGGAAUGAUGUAGCCCUGUCCACUAGGAUUUGAAGGCUGGAGGCAGGGAAGAUGCUGAAUGUUCAUACACUGAGUGUUCAGAGACGACAAAAUCUAAUCUAUUCUGUGGCCUUGCAGAAGGAACACCUGGAGGGAGGAGCACAUGACCACAUGGUGGUGAGCCACGUGAAUUUGGUGGACCUCUCAGGAAGUGAGCACUGCAAUCUGGCACAAACAAGUGGGCUGAGAACACAGGUCCUGGCAGGCGAAGCUGGCUUUACCAGAACAACACAAGAUGGAAGAGGAGCAAGAACUGCAGAAAGCAGGAGUGUGCUUUAAAGCUGACAACCAUCUGCCAAACCUGGUAAAUCUAAAUAAAGAUCCACAGCUCUCGGAGAUGCUUCUCUAUAUCCUCAAAGAGGGAGAAACCAGAGUGGGGAGUCUUCAUCCAGACUCUGAGCAUAACAUCCAGCUGACAGGCGCACUCAUUUCAGUGGACCACUGUGUCAUCACCAAUGUGCAGGGAGUGGUCACCUUAAGUCCUAUCCCAGAUGCCAGGACCUUUGUGAAUGGAAACUUCCUAGUUGAGGCAGUCACUCUACACCAUAGGAACAGAGUGAUUCUUGGUGGGAACCACUACUUCAGAUUCAAUCACCCAAUGGAGGUCAAGAAUGGGCGCCGUGCCUCUUUGAUGCCAGCAGGGGGAGCUGAUGGGCUGAGGGACUUUGAAUUUGCUAAAAAUGAGCUAGUUGAAGCUCAGAAGCAGAGAAUUGAAAUGGAGGUAGAGGAAGCUAGACAGCAGGCACAGAAGGAAAUGAUGGAAGAGCUACAGAUGGCCAAGGAGCUGGCUCAGCAGGAGCUAUGGGCUCAAAGGAGGCUUUAUAAGGAUCACAUCAAACAGCUGGAAGAACAGCUGGAAGAUGAAACAAACAAGAAACUCCUGAGUAGAAGGAAGGCGGCUGACGAGCUACUUGUGCACUUGCCUGCCCUCGCUCAGUCUGAUGAUAGCAGCAUCCAGCCCCACUGCAUCAAGGUUUCCUCCGCAAUAGAUCAGCUAGCAGUCUGUGUCAGGCUUCUGGAGACCUGUGCUCCUGGAACCGGUGCGCUGAAGGACCAUCUAGAGGCUGAAGUGAAGAAGCUUGGUGGGAAUGUUGCCUUCCUGCUGAACGAGUUGAGUCAAAGCACACAGCCUCCAUAGUGCUGCCUGAUUUGACUGGAACCAGGUCCCAGAAUCCUGGACCAGUGCAGAGAACCAGGCUAUGGGGUGGCCCUGACUUGGAGUUGCUGAUCUGCUGAUUAGUCCUUUUCUGCAUGUUACUUAAGGCUAUAAUGUGUCUCAAUCCUUGCUCCAAUUGUCUGCAGCAGG